AAUAAACUGAACUGAAACGUUUCGGGAAACGGCCCUUUUUCUACCGCGGGGGUAAGGGACCGCGGUGAACGCUCUCCGUUCGGCAGCAACGCGCGCGAAGAAGUCGUCAAAUCGCCGCGGACCCUACGUAGGAGCUCGUCCGCCAUGCGGUCUCCCCAUCCUCAUUCUUCCUCCUCCUUCUCGUCGUCGUCGUCCUCGUCUCGGGUCUCCCCCUCCUGCGUUCUCGCUCCUGCCGCGUGGGACCAUUCGGGUGCAAUGCUGCAGGGCAAAACAACCAGAGCCCUGAUGCCGGGGGAUCGUUGGGACAGCAAGACGGGAGCACGCUGGACACGUUGAAAAGGCCUGUGAUGCGAAGAGAAUCGCGAUCUGGUGCGAUAACCACAUCGGUUUGGCUUUACACAACGUCGAGAUUGAAAUGUCGCAGAUGGCCUUUGUAACCAGACAUUGUAUCGAAUUCAAAUUGAUUACAACCCCAGCGAGCGAAAGCAGAAGAAAGUAAAGUAUCAGAGCAGUGAUUUAGAACUUAUUGAAGGAUACAGACUUGCAAGGACUUCCAUCAUCAUCAUCAACCAUGAUCAAUACACUGCUGGAUAAAGGGCUUCGCAACUCUCCUCAUGGCUCAGCGGAGUACCAGUAUACUGGUCAAGUUGUCAAGACCAAUGUGGGCACGUCACAAGCGCGGCAACGUCUCAAGAGACGCGCACGGUGUCUCAAUUUCAAUACGAGCUCGCGUCACAUCCGGCCAGACGACAACUAGCCGUGCCAAAGGUCGCCGUUACAAUCUCAGCCGUAUAAGCGAUCGCUUGAUCGAAAAAAUGAAUUGCUCGCUCAGGGAAUGGAACGCACGUCGGCUCAUUCAAACCUUGGCCACGUGAAUAGACGGCAGUAAGUCUUGAAGAGGGCUUGGUUGUUUUGCCGGUGGUUAAGAACGGCAAGGUGCAACGCCGGAGGGAGCCCCGUUUGGUGGGUGAAUUUGAGCCACUCUUCCAUGCUGGUUAGACCUUUUGAAAAGAGGUGAGAGUGCCCACCUUUUACCUCCACCAUACCCAACCUUCUGUUAGACCAGUUAAUACUACUGAGUGGACAGGCUGGAGGAAUUUAAGAACUUUGCACCGCUUCAACUGCCACGCUGGGAGUUCCAACCGGCGACCUCUGGGUUGUAAAUCAGCGACUUAGGCCGUCGGCACGGAAGGAAGGAAGGGCGGGGGUCACGGUGUCUCCACUGUCCGUGGUUUUACGGCCGCGGUGAGGCGACCGUACCGUGGCGGCGAUGGCGCGCCAGGAAGCCAUGGCGGAAUCUGAGGUGGAGCACUUUGUGGACCUCUGCACGACGACCGCCAUCCGGAACGCGUCCGACCUCAAGCUGGAGGCGUCCGACAGCGGCGACGACGACUGCGUGGAGGUCUUGGACGAGGUGCUAGGGUCCUCCUCGGAGGAGGAGGAGGAGGAAGAUGAUGACGUUUCGUUGGUCGUCGUGGAAGCGGCCGACAACGCGACAGCGGGGAAGCCGGCGGCGGAAGAGGGCGGCUCGCAAGUUCGCUGGACGCAGGAGCUCAGCGUGGACGAGGUGAAGGUGGAGGCGUUCACUCGAAGCUCCGGGCCCGUGCACUCGCUCAAGCCCGGCGCGGAGCCCCUGGAGUUCCUGAAGCUCUUUCUGGACGACGCGUUCAUGGAGCGCAUCGCCGCCGAGACCAAUCACUGCGCCGCGCAGAGCCACGCCGUCGGCUGGAAGCCGGCGACCCGCGCCACCGUGUCCACCUUCCUGGGCGUCCUGCUCGUCAUGGGCAUAAACGUCCUGCCCGAGCUCAACCAGUACUGGGCCACCGACGAUUGCCUGGGAAACCAGUUCAUACAGCGCGCCAUGUCCCGCAACCGCUUCAAGAACCUCAUGCGGUACCUCCGCCUCACCGACGACGAGAAGAUGCCCAAGAAGGGCGAGGCCGGCUACGACCCCCUGUACCGCGUGCGGCCCUUGAUCGACCACCUCCUCUCGGCGUUCCACCGGCACUUCGUCCCGUUCCGCGACAUCACCGUGGACGAGGCGACGUGCCGCUUCAAGGGCACCAUGGAGUUCUCGCCGUACGCCGAGGCGAAGCCCACCAAGUACGGCAUCAAGGUGUUCAUGUCGGCCUGCGCCGCGUCGGGCUACGUGCACUCCUUCUUCGUGCACACGGGCGCCGACGAGUACAUCAUGCGGCACGGCAUGGGCCACUACACGAUGAUGCAGCUGACGCGCCGCCUCCGCGGCCACCGCCACCACGUCUACUUCGGCAGGUUCUUCACGAGCGCCCGCCUGCUGCGCGACCUGCUCCGCCGGGGGGUCUACGCGUGCGGCCCCGUGCGCGCGUACCACCGCGGCUUCCCGCUGGACCUGCGCGACGCGCGCCUCCGGAAGGGCGACGUGCACUUCCGCCAGAGCGGGCAGCUGGUGGCGUGCGCGUGGGGCGAGAAGAAGCGCGUCACCACGCUCUCCACCAACUCCCGGCCGAUCAUGGAGCCGGCGCAGAAGAGGCCGGGCUUUUGCUCCGACGGCGGGUGCCCUGAGCGGCCGCAGCCCGUCGGCAACUUCAACGCGUCCAAGGACGGCGCCGACGCCGCCGUGCACCUACGCACCUGCUACUCGCUGGGCCGCGAGGGCAAGAAGUGGUGGCGCCACCUCAUCUUCGUGCUCGUCAACACGGCCGUGGCGAACGCCUACACCGUACACCGGCUGAGCAACGUGCCGCCCCCCAAGCUGCCGGCGAGCCACCUGCAGUUCCGCCUGCUGCUCGCCAAGCAGCUGGUGGCCGGCUACGCCGAGGGGCGCGCGGCGAAGCGGCCGCGGCGCAAGCGCGACAUCGAGAAGGUGAUCUCGACCGAGCACCUGAGCAGGCACGUGUGCGUCAAGUUCACGGGGCGCAAGCGCGUGUGCGUGCUGUGCAGCCGCCGCGGGUGCCGCACGGCGAAGGGGCGCGGCGUGCAGAGCAGCUACGGCUGCGUCAUCUGCAACGUGCACCUGUGCCGCGUCGGCUGCUUCCUGCAGUACCACGAGAUGGCGCACCUGCCCACCGACUUCGUGGUGGACCCCGCCGUUCAGAUCGUCCACUGCCCCGCGCCGGAGGCGGCGAGAAAGCCGCGGAGAGGCACCGCCGCCCGGGGCUCGGCCCGUAGCAAGGCCGCCAAGAAGCCGGGCGGGAAGGCCGCUUCCAAAUCUACGCGGGGGCCGGCUCCUCCUCCGCCUCCUCCUCCUCUUCGGCGUCGCCCUCCUCCUCCUCGUCGUCGUCCGCGGCGGAGUGGCGCGCGAGCCGUCGCGGUGGAGGAGAGCCCCGGGGACGAGUCGGAUUGCGUCGUGGUGGACGAGUAUUUGCCCAAGCGGGUGAAACUGGAGAGUGAACCGGAGGACGACUUGGAGGACGAGUUUGUGGAAGAAGUCGACCAGUGCACGCAGGUGUCCGAGAAGGAGGAUGAGGAGGAGCGCUCGGGAUCCGCUGGCGGAGGCGACGGCGCCUCGGUGGGCGCGGAUCGUGGCUCCCCCGGACUAACGCUCGCUCCCGCAGACGUCGACGACUCGGCCUGCCGCUCCGUGCGUGAGCUGGCGGAGCCCGCGAGGGAUUCGCCCGGGGGCGAUGCCGCCGGCGGCAGCCGUGCCGGGCGGCAGCGCCAGGAAGAGGGGGCGGAGGGAGGGCGACGCACGUCGCCUGACAACGGUACCGACUCCCGUAAGCUCCCCGACUUGGGGGCAGGCGCGGAGGGAAGAGGCACGAGAAGCGAUUGUUGCGCUCCGGAGGGAUUUACCGAAGACCCAGCCCGGAGCGGUCGGGGCGACGCUGAGACACCGGCGGGCGACGCCGAGUUUCGAACGUCCGAUCGCGAUCGCACGACCGGGAGGGAGGCCCCGGCCGUUGACGGCAAGGAGGGAGAUCGGUCGGGGGAGGAGGCGCAGGUGCCAGUGACGACGGAGAGCGGCCAGGGUGAAGCCAAGCACCUCGCUCGGGCGCGUGAAGGUGUUCCUGCUCGGGAUCAGGAUUUUAAGCAGGAGCCAGUGCAGGCGUACGCCCGAGAGGUUUUGACCGGGAAUCUUCACGGCGACGCGCGCGCAUUUGACGCUUCUGUCGCGACCGCGCGCGAGGCGCCGGGCGGCUUGCCACGAGGUCCGCCCGUCGACACGCUGCGAGGAGUGCCGUGCUCCCUGUUCACUCGCGUCCAGGCCGCCCCGCAGGCCGUAGCCGCCGUGCCAGAGUCGGGCCGGGCUGCCGGCGUCGACGAGGCUCUGAGCUCCAAGUACGCCGCCCGCGAGCGGGCGCCGGCGCCGGCCGGCGACGGGGACGCUCGAGAAGUCCCGAGCCGGCAGUACGGUGCGACCACGGAGGGGCCCCGCCCCCGAGCAUCCGCGCAGAGCGCUGGGCGAGAGUGCCUGCCGAUCCCGCCGUACGAGUUCCCACCUCGUGCCUCGCCUCUCCGCGCGGGGUGCGACGCCGAGAGAGCGGCGCGCGGGUGCCACGUCGAGCCGCCGCAGGGCCGUGAGCCCGCUCGCGGGUUUCCUCGUCUCUGUCCUCCCUUGUCAGCGCUGCCGAGCCAGCACCCGCACCAACUUCCGGGCCCCAUCGAGAGUCUGGCCAGGCAGCCGGUGGGCUCUGGGCACCUUGCUCGGCACACGGCCAGCCCGCAGCAGCAGCACGGCUACCCGGCGUUGGGGCUGUACCCCUUCCAGGAGCUGUACCGCCCGCACCUCCCGCUGCUGCAUCAUCUGCUGCCGCCGCAGCUGCAGCAGAAACAGCAGCGGCAGCAGCGGCACGGAGUCGGGGGCGGCGGUGGCGGCGAGCUGGCCCCGCCGCCGUACGGGCUGCAGGACGGGCCGUAUGGGUUUCACGACGGGCCGUACGGCGCCCGCGCGCCCACUCAGCACGGUGAGCAGUGAUGGGGGGGGGGUGGGGAGGCGCCUCCCCUGGUGCGCUCUGCCGUCAUCCCGGGCACCUGGCCCCCUCCGACCCGCGGCGCCCCGAUGCGGUCACCGCCAAAACCCGCGCGCGCUCGACAGCCGCGCCGGCACAGAUCUUGUUGAUGGCGGAAUUUGCCAGCACCACCGGGGCUAGGAUUUGACGUGGGGGUUUGAAUGGACCGCGGUGAAAAUCGUGCAGCGCUUGUCUUUUGUAGCUGCACAGUCCGUUGGCGCGGUCGCACACCGUCAUUCUUAUCGGAACCGGAAUAAACGUCCGUGCGCCGUCUGUGACGCGAUGGUGGCUCACCAGUCGGAAUCUUGAUUUAUACCGGAGGAAUGCCAUGAGCAAUAAACCUCUUUUUCACAGGUGUCCAGUAGGGGGCGGGUCAGAAAGUUACUACAACAAACACUCCUGAAGUAUGAUAAGAGUUCAAAGAAUAGUAAAAGUAAGCUAAUCACUAGAAAGACAUUUUUUAAUAUUUCAUCAGGUAAAGCCCACUGAGCUAUUAGCUUCUGUUAUAGAAGCCACCUGGCCACGAAUGAUAGGUCGACGAAGUUUAUUGCAGCCAGACGGAGCCUUGACUACGGGCCGCGGUCUCUCAAGCGCCCCCUAGUCACAUGGCAGGAAGUGAAGGCAAGGGCACGGCACGUGACGCGGGUUUCUGAUCAGCAAAUGCAGCAGCGAUUGCUGAUCAGCGAUUGCUGCUGCAUUUGCUGAAGACGGCGAUUUCAGUGUGUGCAGGGAGUCCAGCACAUUUCUAGCACUCCAUGAAAUUUGUAUGGCUCAAUUGCAGUGCAGUAUAAAUGAUGGGGAUAUUUAGUGAAGUUGUGUUUGAAUUGUACGUGUACAGCUCUUUUGUUGAUCUACUGCUGGAUGAGGGCCUUCACUGAGCAGGGCAUGUUGUUACAACUAUUUAUAUAUAUGUUUAUCUAAACUAAACUAUUUUACCAGGUACAGCCCACUGGGCCUGGCCACAAGUAAUAGCUCAAUGAAGUGGCUUAUAUGGAAAUUUAUGGCAGCCAAAUACUCCUCUAAACGCAUGGCGAUUCUAAAUGUGGAGGGAAAAACCGGAGGACUCGGAGAUGCGCAAACUCCAAAUAUACAGCAGGCGUCACGGUUGGGAUCGAACGCACGACCUGUAUAUCAAGGGAAGAUAGUCAACAUCUCCUAGCCACCGUAGUGCCCCGAGUAUUGACCCAUCUGGCCAGGAUUGAGCAAAGACGUGCCCGCUCUUCACCCAAGCAACCGGAGAUCACAGCCGAGGUGUUUCACUUAAAUAACAAUUACAUUUAAGUAAGAACGCACAAGUACAAAAACACAAAUAUAGCGUUCAGAAGAAUUACAGUAAAAAAGUGAUUCUCAUGAUGUCCGGGACACUCUUCUAGUAUCCAACGAAGCUUCUUAAAGCAAAGUUCGAACGUUGCUGAUAGUAAAAUGUGAAUUGAAUGCAGUGGUUGAACGCCAUAUAUCUGGGUGCGGACGAUAGGUAAACUUUCCCUUAAGAUGACAAAAUGGGGAUUGUGUGAAAUCUCGUGUAUGGACAGGAUGCAGUCUCUUUUCCUUCUGUCUGCUGUUUCAUUUGAAGAGGUGCUUCGUGGAGUGACGUAACUUGCA